AUGGUCCAACGUUAUGCAAUUGCCCAAAGGCUUCAGGUCGAUUUUGAUCAACUGAGUGUGGCCAACCAUUCCUCUAGUAGCGAAAGUUCUUCUAGUCGAUUAUCUGAUUCAUCUCUUGAAGAAAAUAGGAACCGUUUUAAGAGAGUUUUUGUUUCGAAUAAGGAAGAAGGGGAAGCUUUAGAUUAUGCAUUUGAAACUGUUAGACGUGAAAUUCGUCAACUUACUGGGGAAAAGAUUGGGAAAGAAACU